AUGACAUUUGAGAUAUCGCAGUAUAUUUUCAUAAAGGAAACUACUCACAAGGGUUUUGAUAAAUACACUCAGUUGCAAAUCAACUUAGUUUUCACGAGAGACUGGAAUGAAUUUCUCGUGUAUGCUAGCCUUCAACUGGAUGGGUUGCACAAAGUCCGCCUCAUGUUUCAGUUGGUACGAUAUUCGAGAUAG